AUGAUGCCUUUGAUGACACAUACGAAUUUUAUUGAAGGAUUUUUGGCUCAGGUGUUAGAAAAUUAUGGAGCACACGGAGAAGCACGUCAUGCCAAGUUUUCGAAUCGUGUCCCACCAGGUUUCGAAUGCAAGUCAUUCGGAAGCAGAAGUCAACCGAAUAAAGCAUUCUAUGACGACGCGUCCGCAAACCCUAUCAAACUGAGAAUUCGCAGCAUUCGGAAGCAGAAGUCAACCGAAUAAAGCAUUCUAUGACGACGCGUCCGCAAACCCUAUCAAACUGAGAAUUCGCAGGCAAGUUUAAGUCCUACUGCUCGCUGAAAUAUCAUUUAGUCUAUGGAGUAUUGUGUUGCGUAAUAAUAUAUUUGAACUUAACAGUGUAUCGGUUUUAUUACUAUCAUGAAUUUAUCACUCACUGACAGUAGUUAAGCGUAUUUGCCGUCUUAUGGCUAUUAAGGCUUAUUAAUUGAGGCUUUGGCAUAAUCAAAUGAGAACUUUAAUGUAAUUGAAUCAUUUCUGAUCUCUUAAAAUUGUCAGUAGCUGUUUGUUUUGUAUCAUCUUUCCUUUUAAUGGUAUCGUGCUGUUAAUGGUGUAAGACUCCUUAUGAUUGCCAGUUUGGACUGAGCUGUUGAUUCCAGUUGUGUUGUAGACGUCAAAUUAACCAGAACAAGUAGCUGACUUAGACUGGAAGUUAUCCUGGGUUCCUUGAAAUGUUGCUUCAACUUGCAAAACUAUCUGAAUUGUCGAUGGUUCUGAAGUGGUCGAAACAAGUGUGAAUUACGUAUGAUGGUAAAGCUGUUGAGCUAACUUCUACUUAAACUGCAGGUGGCUAUUAGAGUGAACAGGUUUUCGUCACUUUCUCAUGAUAUAUUGUCAAUCGGAAAUUGGCGACCUGAUGUAGACGAGUUGACGUUGAUUCUAAUUUAUUUGCCUUUAUCAUUAACUAACUGGAUUGGAUGUAGAAACGACAGUUAGGUUACAGCCUUUGAGACUCUGAGACCACAUGAUGAAUUACUUCAGUGUAUU